GCUGAGCUUAAGGGGCUUUGGAUAUUGACGUGGAAUUCCUUUGUAGAUUUUAAAUCUUGUACUUUGCUGCUGUUAUUAGAUUUAAGACACUUUUGGCCACCCGAAAAUGAGCUUCAGAAAUCGCACGAUCACAAUCCGGCCGCCUUGAGCGAACAUCAGUUGCGCGUGCAGGCCUCGCUGCAGCGUCUCAACAUACCCGACUGGUUCCGACAAUACAAUCAGAACACAUCACGCUCGCCGGAGGGCAAUACAGUGGUCGGCGGCGCCUACAAGCCCGGCAAUUUCACACGCAAACGCACCACAGAAUCUGGCCGUUGGGCGGGGCUCAACUCGAAGACCACAUCACUCAGUUCGCUCGGCUCACAGCGCUCCGAUCGCAGUCCACUACUGCUCAGCCCAUCAGCGCAUAGUCAUCAUGGCGGUCAGGUGGCGCAGCAGCAUGGCACCGCAGGCACAAGCGCAUACGGCACAGCUGGUGGCGGUGCAGGCGCAUUUUCACGCUGGUCCACCUCGCAUUUGAAUUCGUCACAAACAUCACCGAGCGUUUCGCAACGCGGCUCUUUCACGCGCGGCGGUCCAAUCAACUCAAGUUUCAUAUCGGUGGCUAGCGGACAAAGUAGUGUGAUAAGAAGUUCCUACCGGCAGCCAUAUUUGGGUUGGCGCAGUCAGGAGAAGCUGUCACAGCGCACGCCCCAUGAACGCUUGGCUUCGUCGUUACUCGCGCAACAACAACGCACAUCGCCCACACAAAGGAGUGCCGGCGUCGCUGCAAAUGGUGAAAAUGGCAAAUUGCUGCCAGUUACACCGGAAAUACAGAGCUCCAUUAAGGAGGUCACAUCGGCGAUUGUGCAUUAUGUGAACGAUCAAACGCAACAACAACAACAGCGCAGCAGAUCGACGAGUCCCAACUCGAGAAAAUGUUGGCUUGAAUCCUCAUUUGUUGGCAUACGCCCGCUGGACUCACCACAAACACCGGUCAUCGAGAAUACAGCAACUGCAUUUAGUAGCGCUACCAAUACCAACAACACCACCACUAAUAACAGCGUCAGCAGCAGCCAGUAUAACAAUUACAAUUAUAAUUACAAUUACAAUACGAAUAAUUCAUCAACAAAUACAUUAACGGCAAUAACAACACCAAAUAGUAUUGGUGGCAUUGGUAUCACCACAGCGAUCACCACAAAUCCACAUGUAUUACGCAUGAACGGUCUGAGUAUCGUUGGCGGUGGUGAGUCGACAAUUAUGAUUUAGGCAACAUUUUUAAUUAAAUACUACAUAAUACU